UAUGAGCCAUAAAAAGAUGUCCCAUGUCAGUUGAGCAUAUUAUAAUGUAUUAUACAUUCACUAUUGAAUGUACGUGCGUACUUCUACAGGGCUAAAUUAGUGUCAUGAGUUUACGGGUUAAAUAAUCUUAGAAUCUUAGAAUGUAUUAUUGUUUAACUUUCAAUUAUGAUCAAUGACUCAAACUUAAUAUACUGUAUCAUAGACUACUGAAGACAAGUAAAAGUCCACUAAAUUCGUAUUAUGCACAUGAGAAAACACAUGGCUGGAAUCCUUGUCUGUAAAUGGAUCAAGACACUUUUGCUUAGCAUUAUCAAGUGGUCCUAAAUUACACGGCUGGUGUCAGUUAAAUUCCACUAAAUUAAAUUAAAGAUCCAAAUCAUUAUAUAGGCCUAUAAGAAUUGAUCAAGUACUCUAUUUCACUGAAUUGCGCUAUAAUGUCUUUACUGAACUGACCGAAAUUAAAAUGCAAUGGACCAAACCCCUCUUUUGUCGCUGUAGCCUGGUAGUUGCUGCAACCACGGUACCCCAAAAAGCAGAGGAAAAGACUGGAGUGGAGUUGACUGAAGAAACCCAGACUGGCUCCGUUUCAAACGCCUAUUCAGAUGGGAUUUGUCCCCGCCAGGGCGAUUAGGGUGAUGAACCAGUAAUUAAACCCCAAAAGCAAUCGUCCCCCUGGCCUUUUCAACGUCUUGUCACUGGUCAAGGAGACUUGGUCACUUUGCACAUAAAGGAAAUUGCGGACAGUGGGACAGAUCAAUAAUCUAGGCCCCUCAAACUCAACUCCGGACCUCGAAACCAGCUCCACUGCAUUUUUUCAUUGUUCCCCUCUAAUCAAGGAUUUGUUUAGACCUGGGACACCAGAUGUGUGCAAUUAAUUAUCAGAUACAACAGAAAACCAGCAAGCUCCGGACCUCUUAGGGUAAGAGUUGAGUACCUCUGAUCUAGGCUAUGAGUAGAUAACCAGCAUGUCCUAAACUAGUUUCACUCUAUUUCUCCAAUAAGUUACAUGUUUAUGGAAAAAUACACAUGUAAAUGACACGUAGCCUAUACCUAUAUUAAAAUUACAUUCUUGACAACAAGCAAUUGAGUUUUGUAACGGAUUUAUUUUACCGUUAUUCACGAUUAAUUUCCCUGGGAUAUGAAAUUAUGUGAUGUAACAUCGUUGUACAUUAAUGAGUUAUAUAAGGGUUAAUCAACGAGGGGCUGGCUACGUUCUAUGGGAAAUAAUGUUGAACGACGUGUACGGUGAGUUCCACGACGCGCACCCCCACUCCACACCGGGUGAACGUUAAGUUUUUUUCCUUAGCACUACACAGCUGAUUCGGCUAUUUGAAUCAGCUGUGUAGUGCUAGGGCAAAAAAACUAAACGUGCACGGGUGGGCCAAGGACCGACUUUGGGAAACCUUGGUCAACUGAAUAAAAUGUGUCGGAAGAUGUAGUUAUUAGGCCUAUACGGUAUGUUAAACAGAUCUACAUAAUCUAACCUAAAGGAAAACACUAUGUAAGUUGGAUAUGUCCUGGCCAGAAAAACCUUAUCAGAGUUGAGACCAGUGUGCCGCACAAUUUUCACCAACAGCUUUCCAGACUAAAUAGGAAGUGGUCAGUAGCCUAACCUUUAUCCGCAUCCUCGGGGACCCCCUUAGUGUUUUCUCCCUCCGUUUGUUUUUCAAAGGCCAACAGGAAGCAGCAGGAUCCCACAUGACCCCUGCAUUGUUACAGAGCAGAUAUCACAGCCAUUCAAUGGAGCACAUCUGUGUGCUGCUGAUCUGAGGCUAUGAUCUGUGAGCUGCAGCAAACGCUAUAGCGUUCAUUCACAAAUCCCUCUGACCCUCUAGCGUAUAACCCUUUCUGAAGGGGAAGAUAAACCAAAUAGAAAGAUACAUUUACCCGAACAGAAUGUUUUGGCUGGGCUAGGAGAGCUAGGAUGGAAGUAACGAAAAUGGGCAUCAGGUAGGCCUAAUAGAAAUGGCUGGAGAUUAUUCAGUUCAAAUAGGCUAGACUAGAAUUAUAGGACUCAUAAGGCAAUAUUUUCCCAACUGUUUAGGCUAAUUCAUGAUGCAGGUUUUUUAUUUAUUGAGUUGAAUAAUAAUAAUAGCCUCUACAGAAAAGUGUUUAAGGAAAUGGUGCAUUUAGGUUGGUUGAACUGCGAUGUUUUAAAUAUGAGCAGUUAAUUAUAAUUUUGAGAAAAAUAUGAGUUGGCCUAAGACCAACUCUGUAAAGGGACGGAUUGCACAUUUGCAAUCAAUAGCCUACACCUAAUUAUAUUUCUGUUUUACAGACAGAUUUGCAGAUUGUGAGAGUUGAGGAUGUCACCAUGAAGCACAGAAAUGUCCAUAAUAUAUUUCAAUGGCUAAUAUUCACAUCUCUGCACAUUUGUUCAUCUUUGCACUUCAAUUGCAAUAUUAGAUUAUAUAAGAUACGGUUUCGCUCAAUUACACAUGAAAGGCACAGUCACCAUUUCAGUAGGCUAUCGAAUCUGCAUGAACUUAAUAUAAAAUAAACAUUACACCCUUGUUGUGGUUUAUUAAUGAGCUAAUGUUACUGCUCAAAAGUGAAGUAAGUAUUUUGACUUUUGACUGUAAAUCCUCUGGAAUGCGGUUAAAUAAAAGGUCAUUGAAGGGAGGAUCUACUUUCUAUCACCCACCCUGAUUUAAAUGACGGAAAGUAGGCUAGGCCUAUAGAAUGUCAUUCUAGGAUCCUUGUUUUGCCUAAGAAAUUCAAAGCAGGUUAAAAGACAUUUCGAAUAAUGGAGUAGCCAUAAUGCAGGCUCAACAAAACCCAUCUGACAUCUGCUUGGACCUCUGACAACUUCAAGCUGUCUUUUUGAUUACAGGCUCCAACUUCACCCAUGAGUUCUGGUAAAUUUGCAAAUAAGCAUUGUAGAACAGCGUAAAUCAUUUCAAGUAACGUCUGCGCCACAUCAGUUUCAAUUGGAACACGAAUGCAGUAUUCCCCCAAAAGUUUUUCAGCCAAUUGGAAUUUCAGUGUUUGCUUCGUCACAUGUAGCCUAUACGCGCACCUCACCGUCCAUGAUAAAAGUGAGCGUUUCAAAAGCUGUUCAUAAGCAAAGCACGUUGUCCUUAAGUGCUAUAGGCAUAUGAAUGUUGCAUGUUUGGUGCAGGUGCACUUUUUUUAAACCUUAACAAUCAAUACGGCAUCAAUAUGAUAUGCAAACAUAGGCAUAAUAGCCUGUGUCACGACAAAAAUACCCGAAACAAAACUAAUCACAAACAUGUAUUGAGAUACUAGGUCUACAAAACAAUAGGCCAAUAUUUUUCUGAAUUACAUUUUUUUGGGGGGAGGGGGUAGAAAUUAUUCAAAACCUUUUAUGAUUUAAUACAGCCGUAUAACGCAAAGGUUUGACCAUAUUUCGUGAACACAUUUUUUUCAUUUGUUUUUGAUAGGCCUAUAUCCAAAGGUUUUCUAUUCGUGAUGUAUAAACUCGUAACCUCUACAUCCAUAUAUUAAGACAAUGAAAGAGGGACAAUAGAUCAGCUCAAUCCAACUCAAUAUUCUCAAAAAGCAGCCAGUUUUGGACAUUUCAUAUUUUAAAAGUAGCUGUCCAAAACAUAUAUUUUCUUAUUAGUUGGGCUUACAAUCACUCCCAUCAAAACACGACAGCCUCGGGUCAUCAUUAUCAAUAUGCUAUUCUCGUGCAUUAUUUUUGUACAGUAAUCUUUUGCGGAUCGUUGAUAACAUUUGGAGUAACUUCUGUCUUCUACAUCCCCCAACUAUAGGCCAACAUCAAACACAAAAUAUGGAUUCAGGUAUAUGGCCUAUUCCAACAAUAGGCUACAUCGAGUUUUUUGGUGUUGCCAUAGGCAAUAGCUAUCAAAAAUAGAAAGUAACGAUGUGCUCAAUAUGGCUCUAUUACUAUAACCUACUGCACACCUAUAGUGCACCAAUUUUGGAGCGCAAGAUGCGCUCUUGUUGACAGGAGUUAAUUUCGCUCGGCAAUAUGUCGAAAUGACCCCCUUCGAUUGUAGGCAUAUAUGACAGUUAGACAGUAUAUAGGCCCACUAUACAGUCAAAAAUGCCAUGUGGGACUUUUGCAAAUAAUCAUAAGAUAUAGUUAUUUGGCCAUAAAGGAUUUAGGCUUGUCUUUAAAAAUUAAUAACAGACAUUGCUGAAACAAAAUUUGCAUCCCACUUAAGAGAGAACGCUUUGGCCUAUGUGGGCUAGUCUAGGCUAUGCUGCAAAAUAUCUCUCCACAAACCUUGAAUGAGCAUUCAUGAUUAUUCAUUAGCCUAUUGGCUAUCCUGUUUGGGCUAAUGGCUGCAUUUUACCUAAAGACGGGACCUGAGGACAUCACCCAUGGCUUAGGCCACUGAGAGAAGACUAGUCUUCCUUAACUGCAACAUGUGAAAUCACAGCAUUUUGUUGCAUCGCCAAUAUUUAAAGCGCCACGGUUCUUUUUAAGCGCAACCCGAUUUUGGUUCAUGAAUAGACUAAAGACCAAACAGAUAGUCAGCGUCCACCAGGGCAACAAUCUUUAAGUAGAAUUGUAGCCAAUCAGUUAAUUAGAUAACCAGAGACCAACGACGGAUGACUAUUGUGCACCAUCUUUGAUUAGACUACUUUGACACCAUAGGCGAAUAUGAAAUUGCAUCCCCAUGUAAUUUGAAAUAUAGGACUACUUCAAGUGCAAUAGCGGAAAAAACGAGUAGCCUCGCAAGUGAACCACCCAUCAUGUGCGCCUAGUCGGGAAACACCGCUGGGAACUUAUUCGGUAAUGUUGGGGACUGCUAAAGCGUUUAGCGAGUGCUGGCUCACCCCUAUAUGUUUGGUAAUCGUCUCCAUCAAUAUGCUGCAACUAUUUUCAAUUCGAAAAACAUAGGCCUAUUUGAGGUUUCACACCCCACCCCCAUUCGGGGAUACCCCUUUUCAUGGGCAUGCCUAGUGCUCUUUGAACCGAAAAACCAACGAAAUGUGGAGAUUUCUCUAUAGCCUUAAAAAAAAACUCAGCAGAAAAUACUUUGGUUUUGAUGAUAAAAAAACUACCUGGGAUGGCUGACUGAAUCGGAAAUAGUGUCCUACUUGUUUACGUUUUUUUAAUACUACAGUUUUGGGAAUUGGGUGGAGGGGUGCUGUCAAGUGUAGAGUCAUCGGUCAUGUGGUAACAUUUCAGGAACGCUAUUGGUCCAAGGCACGUGUCUUGGAUACCGGACUGCAACGUCACUGGGGGGACUCGUAGCCUAUUAAAAAUAAGAACCAAAAUCCAUAGUGGAACUAUUUCAGGAGCAGUUAGCACCUCUAUCUACUCGUAGUUUAGAAGUUGAAGCAUUAAUGUUGGAUUUGUUCUGAAAGGGAACCACUACAACUCAGCAUUUUAUAUGGUAGGCUACUUAAUCAACAAAUAUAUCAACCAUAGCCAGGCGGAGAAAUACAUUUUAAAGUAUGUUUUUUCUUUGUGAGAAAGGCAAGAGGCGGAUUUUCAGUAGGCCUACUACCAAAACUAUAUACUGAAAAAAACGGAACUAGUUUUUAUUUCCUAUUCCGUUUUAUUGAAAAACGCAUUGGACGAGGAAUAAACUAGAAACCUCAUAAAUUAAUAUUUAUACUUGUGUGGGAGAGAGAGAAAAGUGCCACAAUUGGACAUUGAGUAUUUCACUAUGGAAGAAAAUUAUAAUGGCAAUAGAGAGCAUCAAGAUUCGGGCGAAGAGUCCAACAGAGCUAUUCUUCCUCUUCUCCAAGCACCUGGGAACCAGCAACCGCACCGGAUCACCAACUUUUAUAUUGAUAAUAUUUUACGACCAGACUUUGGACGGAGGAAAGAUGGGACUUUUAAUUAUGAUGAGAAUCACCUCAAUGGACGAGAGAAUAGUCCUCGCCUUCCCCCAAAAUCUGGGCAGUUCGGUGGGACGGUGUCAGGGGAAGGAACAUCGAAUUCUCGUUCAGUCAGUGAGCCCAAAAAAGCAGAUAUUGUUGCAGAUAUGCUUCUCAAGCCCGGAGGAGAAAUUGGAGAUCAGUGCCUGAGCUCCGACUCGGGAAGUUCUCAUGCCAAUUCUGCACCUUCUUCGAAACCUAUGCUCUGGCCAGCCUGGGUGUAUUGUACAAGAUAUUCGGACCGACCAUCAUCAGGGCCAAGAUCUCGAAAACCAAAGAAGUCGACCACGACAACGACACCAAGCAAGGAUGACAAGCGCCCAAGAACUGCCUUCACAGCAGAACAGCUCCAGAGACUAAAAACGGAGUUUCAGACUAAUCGGUACCUGACCGAACAGAGAAGACAAAGUCUGGCACAAGAACUCGGCCUCAACGAAUCUCAAAUUAAAAUCUGGUUUCAAAACAAGAGGGCCAAAAUAAAGAAGGCUACUGGAAAUAAAAACUCUUUAGCCUUGCACCUGAUGGCACAAGGACUAUACAAUCAUGCCACAUCAUCUAAGGAUGAAAAAUCAGACAGCGAUUGAAGAAAAAUAAACAAUGCAAUAAAUAACUUUAAAGGGCCAGUGUACAUAAUACCAGCAGAUAUUUAAACAUGAAUUUGACAGGAUUUUGCAAUAUUCUGUAGCCUAUAUACAGUAUAUAGGGACUAAACCAUUUUGUGUUAUAACACUUGCCAUGUACUCCCUGGAACUUUAGAAUGUUUCAUCUUCAUUAAAGUUUUUUUUUUUUUUUUUUUUUUUUUAUCAAGUUGUUCUUUUUUGUUGUUGUUGGUAGGCCUACUUGACUUUGUGGACACAUUUAACCGAAAUAAUGAAAACAUGCUUAAGUCCAAAGAUUUGUUCUGCUGCAUUUUGCAAACCUGUGAAUUUAAAUAGCCUAACUUGUGUUUAUCUAUGAUUUACAUUUUUUAGCACACUGUUUCGUUGUAUUUUGAUGUUUAUGUUGAAAAUACAUUUGAGGUUCCUUUGUUUUGUGUAAAAAUACAGCCUUUCUGAGUUGAUAUGGAGGGACCAUAAGGCAUUGAAUUAAGCGUAUUAUCUGAUAAGAAUGCAUUUUUAUAUUCGAAUUCUGCAUUAGCUAGGCUAAAGUUCUCGUGAGCAUUACAUUUUAAUUAUUUCAGCAAAAUAAUUCAGUUUUGGGUAGGCCUAUUGAUAUGAGACAGAUUUGAUAAAAAUAAAUAAAUAAUAUAUUCAAUAGGCCUGCCUAUACGUUACUUUAAACUUGACCCAAACGAUAGAAAUGAGUUGAGGCUUAAAAGGAAUGUAACCUAACUUAACUUUCACUAAAGGACCUCUGUUGAAAUAGAUAGCAUAUUGUAAGAAAAACAAAAUAGUAUUAUAUAAACCGAAAUAUGUGUCUGGUAUGCAAGCGCAUAACACCAACUUUCUUGCAAGUUUUCCAUUGGUUAACAAUGCUAUGAUGCACCCAAAAGUUGAAGUCAUGCGCGCUUAACUCAUAUCCAAUGGGUUUUAAAUAGGGAGGAGUGGUGGAAGGCAACAACUGGAAUUGAACAGAUAUCCAUUUGAAAGUAUCAUGGAAAUGCAAUCGUUUUGGGUCAGUUCCACUACCAACAAAAUCAAUUUUUACCCCGGCUCAAAUCAGGAUUUCAGUGCCAAGUGAGGCCUAUACGGACUGUAUGUCUUCACUUCAAUCAUUAUAGUCUUAUUUAAAAACUUCAGGGAUGAAGUAACGUCAACGGGCGUCAUAUAGUUUUACUGUACAAAUAAUGUAGGCUAUAGAUACGGUAAAGAGGUCAAUCAAACUCGACCAAAUCACUGGAAUUGCCAUGGAAACGAGGAAAGUGCCAUGGGGUCAAGAUCCCGAGUCUCAUUGUCCCCCAGCAAAAUUUGCCUACAUUUAGGCUAUUGUUUAUAUGUGUAUUUCACACUAUGUUGAGGUAAAACUCGGAGUAUAAUGCUUGUAUGGAUGUCAACACAAACACAUGUUCAUGUAAUCGUUACCAAUCAACUGCAUUACAGUUCAAAACGAAUUUGACUACCACCACCGAUUUCUGUACGCUAGCUAUGCUAACCAGUUUAUACGAUCAGGAGUUAGCAUUUAGCAGUCACUUCUUCUAAACCUGAAAAGGGACAACUUCUACAUGUUAUGCAGCGAGAACAGCCAAAUAUAUCCAAAUCGGACUUAAGUAACCACAUUGUGGGCUGGUUACAAUACAUCACGGAUUUAAAGAAUAUCCACUUUGUUAGAUCAGAUUUGUUGAAUGUGCGCCAAUCUGGUCUGCGUUCCGUUGAAUCCUUUACCACAUCUAUCUAUAUCAAAUAGUCCAUGCGUUCUAUAGUAUGAAAUACAUGUUAUUAUUUGCAAAUAACAUUCAUAUUUAUGAACAAUACUCAUAGUCUAAGUGGUCAUGUUUCUAGAAGAGACACUUCUGGAAUGUUUACAUAACUUAUUUAUCUUGCAAUACCUUGUUUUUGUGAAUGAAACGUUUAGAGGCCUUUGCAUGAAAGCUGCAAUCUGUCACCUGUAUAUCAUGUGAGACAAAAGUUGCUGUAUCCAUACCAAAUUGUGGUCUUAUGAUGUGAAUGAUCUUUCAUUGUCAAUAUUAAAAGUGUGUGUAAAUUAAAAUCCAAACUUAAAACACA